AUAUAAACGAAAUCUAAAAUAUCGAGGUUAUGUGUAUUGCUUGCACCACUGAGUGUUUGAUCACAAAACAAGAUACCGAAAAAGGAAAAUAAAAUAGUACAGCCCCAGAGUGUGGGCGUUAAAAAAAAAUAUUUCACACAGUGAUAGUUUUGAUAUUAAUACCACGUAAGCAUAUAAAAAAAAUUAUUUAAUUUCCAUCUUGAAAAAAAAUGUUUACAAAAAUAUUAAUAAUAUUAUUGGUACUUUCACCAUCAUUUGGUGAAGAUUACUAUGAACUUUUGGGACUUAAACGUAAUGCUGAUCAAAAAUCAAUUCGACAAGCUUUCAAAAAAAUAGCAGUUACACAUCAUCCAGAUAAAAAUAAUGAUGAUCCUGAUGCUCAUAUAAAAUUUGUAAAAUACACAACAGCAUAUGAAAUUUUAAAAGAUCCUGAAACACGUAAAAAAUAUGAUUUAUAUGGUGAAGAAGGUGUCAAUGGAAAUAAUAAUAAUAGACAACAAAAUUAUCAUUCAUACAGUUAUUAUCAAAAUAAUUUUGGCAUGUAUGAUGAUGAUCCAGAAAUAGUAACACUUAAUAGAAAUGAUUAUCAUGAUAAUGUCAUUAAUUCUGAAAAAGUAUGGAUGAUUAAUUUUUAUUCAGCAAUGUGUGGUCAUUGUCAUCAUUUAGCUCCAAUUUGGCGUAAAAUUGCUAAAGAUCUUGAGGGUGUUAUACGUAUUGGUGCUGUUAAUUGUGAAGAUGAUUGGUCAUUGUGUCAUGAAAUUGGAAUACAAUCAUAUCCAACAUUAUUAUAUUAUCCAAAAAAUUCAAAACAUGGUAUUAGAUUUACUAGUAAAAAAAGUUAUCAAGAAAUAAUGGAUUUUGUCAUGGAAAGACUUGAUGUAAAUAUUGAAGAAAUAACUUCAACAGUAUGGAAAAAUUCAUUAAAAGGUAUUGAAAAAAGAGAGAAAUCAAUGCUUGUAUUUAUAUGUGGUGAUAAUCAUGAAUGUUUUGAUAAUGAUGAUCAAAUUAAAAUAACAGCAACACUUGAAAAUAUAUUAACAACUGGUAUUGUUGAUUGUUAUAAAAUAAAUUGUAAUGAUAUAUCAUCAAGUACAACUGCUGUAUUUAUACCUGGUUUUAAACAUAAAACAAAAAAUCCAAUAUAUUUUGAUAAUACAUAUGCAAUUAAUGAUUUAGUUCAUCAGGUACUUGAUCAGCUACCUGAACCACAAGAAAUAACAUCAUCUGAUUUUAAAGAUAUACAAAAAACAUUAGAAAAUAAUAAUGAUAAUGAAGAUGGAUGGUUAAUAUGUUUUUACAUGGGACAUGCAACUGAAUUUGAUGUACAAUUAAAAAGACUACCAAGUAUAAUAAAUGAUGUUAAUUUAGGAAAAUUAAAUUGUGGUAAAUAUUCAAAUAUUUGUCGUAAAUUAAAUAUUAAUCGUUAUCCAAUGUGGGGUGUAUUAAAACCAGGUGGUGCAUUUGAAUUAAGUCAUGGAAAAGAUAAUAUAAAUGAUAUUGCAAAAUUUGCUGAAAAUAGUAUUAAAGCUAAAAAUGUAUGGGCAUUAACAGCUGAUAAAAUAUUAUCAAUAUUAAAAAGACAAAAUAAUAAUGAAGCAUGGUUUAUUGAUUGGUAUGCACCAUGGUGUCCACCAUGUAUACAAUUUCUUCCUGAAAUACGUAAAGCAUCAUUGGAAUUUGAUAAAUCAACUGUUUAUUUUGGUACUGUUGAUUGUACAGUACAUUCAAAUAUUUGUCAAAAUUAUAAUAUACGUUCAUAUCCAACAGCUAUGCUUAUUAAUGGCACAACAACAUCACAAUUUACAGCACAAAAAACAGCAACAAAUAUUAUUGAAUUUAUAAAUGAAUCAAUUAAUCCAACAGUCAUACGUUUAAAUUCAAAUAAUUUUUAUAAAAUUGUUGGUAAAAAAAAGACUAAGACACUUUGGGUUAUUGAUUAUUUUGCACCUUGGUGUGGACCAUGUCAACAACUUGCACCAGAAUGGAUAAAUGUUGCAAAAGCAUUAAAAAAAUUACCAAAUAUUAAAAUAGCAAGUAUUGAUUGUGAAGCUAAUUCAGAUAUUUGUCGAUCAGAAGGUGUUAAAAGUUAUCCAAAUAUUAGAUUAUAUCCAAUUGGUAGUGAAGGACUUGAUAAAGUUACAAUUUACAAUGGACCAAGAGAUUCAACAUCAAUGAUUAAAUGGAUUACUGAAUUUUUACCAAUUAAAAUUAUUGAUUUAAAUGACAAUACAUUAAAUAAAAAAGUAUUUAAUAGUAAAAAUGAUAUUUGGCUAGUUGACUUUUUUGCACCAUGGUGUGGACAUUGUCAAAAACUUGAGCCACAUUUUAAUAUUGCUGCACAAUUAUUAAAUGGUCAAGUUAAAUUUGCUCGUGUUAAUUGUGAUUUAUAUAAAUAUGAUUGUGGACGUGCUGGUGUUAGAGCUUAUCCAUCACUUAUACUUUAUGAUCCAAAAAAUAAAAAAAUGAAUAAAAUUGAUGGUAAAUUAUUGUCAGCAUUUACAGCUGAACAAAUUGAAAAACAAGUAUUGAAUCAUUUAAAUUUUAAUUAUGAUCAUGAUGAAUUAUAGGUAUGAUAAAUUUUUUAAAAAUAUUAUUAGUUGAAUCUCUGGAAAAGCACGUAAUGUUAAUUAUUUUAGUUAUAUUUUUUUUCUAAUUUAACAUUGACUGGGUGCUCCAUAAAUAGACUUCCAUAAAUAAAUAAAUAAGUAUACUAUUUAUAAAAUUAAAAUAAAAUAUAAAAAACAUUUAUAUAUUAAGUAAUAAUUGUAUUCAUUGAUAUAGUUUUACAAAUUAUGUCUCUCUCAUAUUUUUGUACAAUUUGUUUUUUUAGUAUCGUACUUAUGUACCUAUAAUUGAAUUUAAAAAUAUAAUAUUUUAUGAAACCAA